UGUAGAAUCACAACACAAAACAAAAUCAACGCAGUACUAAAGCAGCAACCAAAACACAAAGAAUGGUAUCUUCUUCCGGGAUGGGGCGCUCAGCCCAUCUCGUAUAUGCUCUUGGUUUUGCUAUCAUGGCAACAAUGGUUGCUGCUUCGUACGAGCCCUACAUGUAUAGCUCCCCCCCACCACCAGUGUAUGAUUCUCCUGCACCAAAGGUCGAUUAUAAGUCCCCCCCACCUCCUUAUGUGUAUAGCUCUCCACCACCUCCACCAACAUAUUCACCAUCGCCUAAGGUAGACUACAAGUCUCCACCACCACCAUACGUUUACAGUUCUCCACCACCACCUCCAUAUGUAUACAACUCUCCACCACCACCACCAUACUAUUCACCAUCUCCAAAGGUGGACUACAAAUCCCCACCACCCCCAUAUGUCUACAGUUCUCCACCACCACCAUACUAUUCACUUUCUCCUAAAGUCGAUUACAAAUCUCCACCACCUCCUUACGUCUACAGUUCCCCACCACCACCACCAUACUACUCACCGUCACCUAAAGUAGAUUACAAAUCUCCACCACCCCCAUAUGUUUACAGCUCACCACCCCCACCAUACUACUCACCCUCACCUAAGGUCGAAUACAAAUCUCCACCACCACCAUACGUCUACAGUUCCCCACCACCACCAUACUACUCACCUGCUCCUAAGGUCGAAUACAAAUCUCCACCACCACCAUACGUCUACAGUUCCCCACCACCACCAUACUACUCACCUGCUCCUAAGGUCGAAUACAAAUCUCCACCACCACCAUACGUCUACAGUUCCCCACCACCACCAUACUACUCACCUGCUCCUAAGGUCGAAUACAAAUCUCCACCACCACCAUACGUCUACAGUUCCCCACCACCACCAUACUACUCACCUGCUCCUAAGGUCGAAUACAAAUCUCCACCACCACCAUACGUCUACAGUUCCCCACCACCACCAUACUACUCACCUGCUCCUAAGGUCGAAUACAAAUCUCCACCACCACCAUACGUCUACAGUUCCCCACCACCACCAUACUACUCACCUGCUCCUAAGGUCGAAUACAAAUCUCCACCACCACCAUACGUCUACAGUUCCCCACCACCACCAUACUACUCACCUGCUCCUAAGGUCGAAUACAAAUCUCCACCACCACCAUACGUCUACAGUUCCCCACCACCACCAUACUACUCACCUGCUCCUAAGGUCGAAUACAAAUCUCCACCACCACCAUACGUCUACAGUUCCCCACCACCACCAUACUACUCACCUGCUCCUAAGGUCGAAUACAAAUCUCCACCACCACCAUACGUCUACAGUUCCCCACCACCACCAUACUACUCACCUGCUCCUAAGGUCGAAUACAAAUCUCCACCACCACCAUACGUCUACAGUUCCCCACCACCACCAUACUACUCACCUGCUCCUAAGGUCGCAUACAAAUCCCCACCACCACCGUACGUUUACAGCUCUCCACCACCACCAUAUUACUCACCUGCUCCUAAGGUAGAAUACAAAUCUCCACCACCACCGUACGUCUACAGUUCCCCACCACCACCAUACUACUCACCUGCUCCUAAGGUCGAAUACAAGUCCCCACCACCACCGUACGUCUACAGUUCCCCACCACCACCAUACUACGCUCCAGCUCCUAAGGUCUCAUACAAAUCACCACCACCACCAUAUGUUUACAGCUCUCCACCACCACCAUACUACUCACCUGCUCCUAAGGUCGCAUACAAGUCCCCACCACCACCGUACGUCUACAGUUCCCCACCACCACCAUACUACUCACCUGCUCCCAAGGUCGCAUACAAGUCCCCACCACCACCGUACGUCUACAGUUCCCCACCACCACCAUACUACUCACCUGCUCCCAAGGUCGCAUACAAGUCCCCACCACCACCGUACGUCUACAGUUCUCCACCACCACCUUACUACUCACCAGCUCCUAAGGUUGCAUACAAAUCCCCACCACCACCGUACGUCUACAGCUCCCCACCACCACCAUACUACUCACCUGCUCCUAAGGUCGCAUACAAGUCCCCACCACCACCGUACGUCUACAGCUCCCCACCACCACCAUACUACGCUCCAGCUCCUAAGGUCGCAUACAAAUCUCCACCACACCCACAUGUAUGUGUUUGUCCACCACCUCCUCCAUGCUAUUACUCACCUGCUCCUAAGGUUGCAUACAAGUCCCCACCACCACCGUACGUCUACAGCUCCCCACCACCACCAUACUACUCUCCAGCUCCUAAGGUCUCAUACAAAUCCCCACCACCACCGUACGUCUACAGCUCCCAACCACCACCAUACUACUCACCUGCUCCUAAGGUUGCAUACAAGUCCCCACCACCACCGUACGUCUACAGCUCCCCACCACCACCAUACUACUCUCCAGCUCCUAAGGUCGCAUACAAAUCCCCACCACCACCGUAUGUGUACAGCUCCCCUCCACCACCAUACUACUCACCUGCUCCUAAGGUCGCAUACAAGUCCCCACCACCACCGUACGUCUACAGCUCCCCACCACCACCAUACUACUCUCCAGCUCCUAAGGUCGCAUACAAAUCCCCACCACCACCGUAUGUGUACAGCUCCCCUCCACCACCAUACUACUCACCUGCUCCUAAGGUCGCAUACAAGUCCCCACCACCACCGUACGUCUACAGCUCCCCACCACCACCAUACUACUCUCCAGCUCCUAAGGUCGCAUACAAAUCCCCACCACCACCGUAUGUGUACAGCUCCCCUCCACCACCAUACUACUCACCUGCUCCUAAGGUCGCAUACAAGUCCCCACCACCACCGUACGUCUACAGCUCCCCACCACCACCAUACUACUCUCCAGCUCCUAAGGUCGCAUACAAAUCCCCACCACCACCGUAUGUGUACAGCUCCCCUCCACCACCAUACUACUCACCUGCUCCUAAGGUCGCAUACAAGUCCCCACCACCACCGUACGUCUACAGCUCCCCACCACCACCAUACUACUCUCCAGCUCCUAAGGUCGCAUACAAAUCCCCACCACCACCGUAUGUGUACAGCUCCCCUCCACCACCAUACUACUCACCUGCUCCUAAGGUCGCAUACAAGUCCCCACCACCACCGUACGUCUACAGCUCCCCACCACCACCAUACUACUCUCCAGCUCCUAAGGUCGCAUACAAAUCCCCACCACCACCGUAUGUGUACAGCUCCCCUCCACCACCAUACUACUCACCUGCUCCUAAGGUCGCAUACAAGUCCCCACCACCACCGUACGUCUACAGCUCCCCACCACCACCAUACUACUCUCCAGCUCCUAAGGUCGCAUACAAAUCCCCACCACCACCGUAUGUGUACAGCUCCCCUCCACCACCAUACUACUCACCUGCUCCUAAGGUCGCAUACAAGUCCCCACCACCACCGUACGUCUACAGCUCCCCACCACCACCAUACUACUCUCCAGCUCCUAAGGUCGCAUACAAAUCCCCACCACCACCGUAUGUGUACAGCUCCCCUCCACCACCAUACUACUCACCUGCUCCUAAGGUCGCAUACAAGUCCCCACCACCACCGUACGUCUACAGCUCCCCACCACCACCAUACUACUCUCCAGCUCCUAAGGUCGCAUACAAAUCCCCACCACCACCGUAUGUGUACAGCUCCCCUCCACCACCAUACUACUCACCUGCUCCUAAGGUCGCAUACAAUUCCCCACCACCACCGUACGUCUACAGCUCCCCACCACCACCAUACUACGCUCCAGCUCCUAAGGUCGCAUACAAGUCCCCACCACCACCGUACGUCUACAGCUCCCCACCACCACCAUACUACGCUCCAGCUCCAAAGGUUGAGUACAAAUCUCCCCCACCUCCAUCAUACUCUCCUUCUCCAAAGGCUGAAUACAAUUCUCCUCCCCCACCAUCAUACUACUAAAUUGGUUUUACGUAAGAAAUUCAUAAAUAAGAUACCAAGGUUCAAUAUGUUUCGUCUUUUUAAUUAUUCUUGGGCAUUCUCCGUUUUAAUUUCCAAGGUUCAUAUGAAUUCUUUUGGCUAUUAAAAUUUCAUUUGGAUUCAUGUUUGUUUUUUCCCAGUUGUGUUCAAAUUGUCUCCAUCCUCAUAUGUAAGUCUGUUACAAAUUAAUAUAUUGAAUUUUUACCAA